UAGAAGUUGAUAAAGGAAGUAAAAAUAUAUAAAUGGGGAAAUGGUGAAUGCACAAAGCUCACUAUCCUAACCACUGCUGCACAUUAAAUCCAGACACAGAUUUCGAGAUGAAGUUUUUGCUGCUGCUGCUGGGGAUGGUGACAGCAUGUGCUGCAACUCCUCAAGAUCUGUCAGGUAAAAUGUUUACCUUCCCACAAGAAACCAACAGAGCUUAUGUGAGGUUGAAUACAACAAGACAGGAAUUUAGUGCCCUAACCGUCUGUCACAGGUCCUUUACAGACCUCAAAAGAGACCACGGUCUUUUCUCUAUGUCCACAUCCUCUCAUUCCAAUGGCUUCCUGAUUUUCUGGGAUGAAACAAAUAAGGAGAUGGAGGCCCAUAUCAGGGAUAAAAAGGCUGAAUAUCGAGGACGAGACUACAAGCCGGACAUGUGGCACUCUGUUUGUACCACAUGGGACUCUGGAUCUGGACUUGUGCAGCUGUGGUUUGAUGGAAGACCUUCUAUAAGGAAGUUUGUCACUUCUGGUUUAAGCAUCAGAGGAUCUGCUAUGAUUAUUAUGAUUGGACAGGAACAGGAUAAUCAUGGUGGGGGUUUUGACGCUAAGCAGUCUUUCGUUGGCAUGAUGUCUGAUGUCCACAUGUGGGACUACAUCCUUUCACCCUGUGAGAUCCAGAAGUACAUGGACGAUCUAAACUACACUCCAGGAAAUGUGCUCAACUGGAGUGCACUUGAGUUCCAGAUUGCAGACAGAGUACUGAUAGAAGAUAAACAAAUGACCUGUCACUAAACUUGAAAACAAUGCCAUCUAUAUCUUAGAAAGUAAAAAAAAAAAGGUCUUGAUUAUUCAAAUUCAUCCUCUUGGGCUGCUUGUGAUCGAUCCUUUACACUGUUAACUUUCUGUUAAAAAUCAUGUUUUCUGUCCUUUUAUGUGAAAUGUAAAGUAUAAGUUACCAGUGUCAGCAUUUUAUAUCAAAUCAUUGUUUAUUAAAGGAUAGGUCCUGAUAAUUUUGUCUGUCCAUACCAUGAAAUGAACUCUUCCUAAAAUGACUAUGCUGUAAAAGAAGGAUGACAAAAUCCACAGUCCUCCUACAAUAUGGCUUCAGUAGUCUCAGUAGGCAGGCAGUCAAAGAAUGACAUGAUGGAAAAAUUUGGUUCAGUUUUAAAAUGACUGUUGGUAAACUGGCAGAUUGACAUGAGCGCUAAAAGAGUGGAAAAAAAUGUGCUUGUAUUAUGACUUAAAAAAAAUCCAAACCUAUCCUUUCAGCUUAUUGCAAAGAAUGAUUUCUUAAAAUAGAAAGGAGAAGUGCUGAACUCACACACAUGCCAAAGCAAGUAGAGAAAUACAUGGUUCAGUCUGUAAUCUGUGUGCGUGUAAUUGAUUUCAGUCACUAACAUUAUUUCUUAAUCUGCUUUCAUUCCCUUGCUCUUUAAACUGUAAACAUUUUUAACACAGUGGAGAAAAAUAAAAACACUGAAUCAAG